GAAUGCAGCCUAUAGUCAACAAGUACACACGUGUGUCUCGAUAGCAAUAGAAUGUGUUAACUAUGACAAAGAUAGAAGACCCACCACAGGAUGUAUAAUCAAACAGCUUAAUGAAGUCCAGGAAUCCAUCACAAUAUCGCUCAUGACCGAUGCCUUGCAGAGUGUGCUGCUUGAUCCAAAUGCAGAACCGAUAGAGCUGUCACUACUACUUCUAAAAGAUAUCACAAAUGACUUCUCAGAUGAUCAGCGCAUUGACAUCGGUGGGUUUGCAGCUGUUUACAAGGGACGACUUCGGAAUGGUGCAGUUGCAGUGAAGAAGCUGUCCCAAACGCUUUCCAUACAUGAGAAGAAAUUCCAGCAAGAGGUUGCUAGUUUGAUGAGGAUGAAGCAUACAAAUAUAGUACGAUUCCUGGGCUACUGCUCUGACACACAAGAAAAAUUGUCAGACUAUAGCAAUAAUAAUGCCAUGUUAAACGAACGAGAAAGGUUGCUCUGCUUUGAAUUUCUACCAAGAGGAAGUCUUGAUAAGUACAUCACCGAUGAAUCUUGUGGCCUCGACUGGCACGAGAGAUAUGACAUAAUCUUGGGGAUUUGCUCUGGUUUGCACUACCUUCAUACGAAACGCAGUAUUGCUUACAUGGACCUUAAACCCGAGAAUAUAUUACUGGAUCACAAUAUGGCACCGAAAAUUGCAGAUUUUGGCACACUCAUUGACCAAGAUAAGUCUUUUUUCACCAAAAACUUCACGGGUAUAAGUGGAUACAUGGCACCAGAGUACAACAAUGGUGGGCCAAUAUCUAAGAGGGCAGAUAUUUUCAGUUUCGGUGUAAUAAUUCUGGAGCUAAUGACCGGAUCCAGACCAAAUUAUCCCCUUAGUGAAGAAUCUGCGGCACUAUUUGCUAACGAGGUGGCUGGAAAAUGGAGGGACAGAUUGUCGAAUGCAGCCUAUAGUCAACAAGUACGCAUGUGCGCCUUGAUAGCAAUAAAAUGUGUUUGCUCUGACAAAUACAGAAGGCCAACCACAGGGUGUAUAAUAAAAAUACUUAAUGAAGUUCAGGAUUCCAACUUUUUAUGGUAUUGGGUCAAAACGAUGACCCCCGAUGUUGCCAUAGGAAUUGUGGCUGCAGUUCUCAUCCUAGCAAGUGUUGUGGCUAUAAUUCUCGUGUACCAGCAGCAUCGCAUGAGUUCAUGGCCAUGGGUGAUCUUAUUUGCCAUAGGAGCUGUACCAGAUGCAGUUCUUAUCCUACUGAAUCCUAGCAGCUCAUGCUAUGGAUAG